AUGUCUGCACCGCAAGCAUCAUACGUGACUCUGGAUGUCUUCUCGGAACAGAGGUUUCGAGGAAAUCCAGUCGCGAUUGUCAAGAGAAUCGCCCGAGAAUUCAAUUUUCCCGAAACUGUCUUCUUGCACGCCGGCGGCAAAACUCCUCGGGUAGACAUCUUCACCCCCGUCAACGAGAUGGAAUUCGCAGGCCAUCCAAUCAUUGGUACAGGACACUUGCUCUUCCAAGAGUCAGCAGCUUCCAGCCAAACUUCAAACUUGACUGUUCUGACAAAGGCCGGACCUGUCCCGCUCGCCUAUAACCGAGCACGCCGGCUUGUACAUGCGACUGUGCCACAUAAUAUCCACAUUCACCAGCAGGAAGCUACACUCGAUCAGAUUCGCGCUGUGCAGCGUGGUCUGAAUCCUGCGGCGGAUCUCAACAAUGUGAAAGAUACACAUCCGGUGGUUUCCAUGGUUAAAGGAGUUACGUAUGCUUUGGUGGAUCUUACCGAGCGACAGGAACUGUUCGCUGCACUCGUUCCCGGGGAAAGCCCCAAACUUAACCUCGAUGAGGGGUGGUCCCCAUCCUUUACCGGCGUCAUGUAUUAUCAUCUACUCAACACCCGCGCGGAACGUGACAGUGAUGUGAUGGUCUGGGAUCUUCGUGUCCGGAUGAUCGCGAUCAACCUGGAGGAUCCGGCCUGCGGAAGUGGGGGAUGCGCGUUGAGUGCUUAUCUGGCGCUAAGUCGUGGAGAUGAAAGCCGGGUUUAUCGAUUCAAUAUCGAUCAGGGCGAGGAAAUGGGAAGAGAUAGUCGGAUCAUUGUUGAUAUCUGCUUGGAUGAAGAAGGACGUCGUGUGUCGGAGGUGAGGCUCGCAGGUCAGGCAACGGUGGUUGCAGAGGGGAAGAUCUAUUUGGAUUGA